AUGACCGCUGCCUCGCCGAGAUACUCCACCCACUACCUAGGACCCUUGCACCCUCCACAGGUUGCCGGCCACGCCAUCAAGCCCUCAGUCGCCCAGACAGUCUGUAUCCGAGUCUCCGACCCUCUUGACCACGAGGCCCCCGCCAUCCUCCAUGCUCCGCAAAGCUACAACCGAACCAACAGCCCCAGCGCCGCGGUUGUUCUAGUGUCCGGUGCGGGUGGCGGCGUCUCCGGUCCUGCAGGAAUCUACCCUUCGCUCGCCGACAAACUCGCGUUGCUCCUCUCCCUCCCCUGCAUUCGUCUCGAUUACCGCCAACCCGCCCAGACAGGCUACUGCGUCGCAGACAUGAAAGCUACCUUCGACUACCUCGCCCAGCACUUCGCCGCGACACGCUUUGUCGUCGUGGGCUGGUCCUUCGGCGGGAGCCCCUGUUUCACCGUCGCCGCCAGCGAGCCAGACCGCGUCUGCGGUGUGGCGACGAUAGCGUCGCAGACUGCGCGGACGGAGGGUAUUUUUGCGCUCGCGCCGCGACCGUUGCUGCUACUCCAUGGAGAAGCAGAUCAUGUCCUGGCGCCAUCGUGUUCCAAAACACUGUUCAACCAGUAUGGCCCUGGUGGGGACCGCGAGAUGCGGCUGUUCCCUGGGGAUGACCACGGCUUGACGCAGCAUGCGCCGGAGGUUGAGAGGAAGGUUUUCACUUUUGUGGCGAAGUGUUUGGGGUUGAGUGAGUUGGUGGAUCAUGAGGUGCUCUUGCAGGCAGGUCAAGAUCUGGUCCAUAGCCGAAGUGAGAGGGUGAAGGAGAUGGAGGAGGGACAUGAUCUUGAAGGCGGGGAGCGGCUGUUCUGA